GCAAUACGAGAAUGGGGCCGAACAGAUAAUCUGUUGACAAGCAGUGAACAGAAACGCUUACUGGAGGAGAAAAAAAAGAACGCGAGCGCUGAGAAGCCGAAGAGCAAACCAGUAAAGCGAGCUACUGAAAUUGCGGCCCCACCAAAGAGAAGUGCCGCACCCGAUUCUCUUGUCAUCUACAAAACAGCAAACCAGAAUCCGAGUGAAUUCAUCUUCCCUGAUGAUUCAGAAAUUAAACGCCUAGUCAGCACACUCAAAGCCUAUGAUCCACCAGGGCCUGCUGUACGUGAUAGCUGGAAAAGUGCGAUGAUCCCGAGCGCAUCGAUGCGUGCUCCUGUUCCAACAUUUCCUGCGCAGCGACCACCAAGACGAGGCGAUCCAGUGCCUCCUUAUAUUGAACAUGAUGAUCGUUUUGAUUGGCCUGAUGUGAAAUAUGCUCGAGAAGGGGUUACCGUUCCGCCCAAUCGAGGAAAUUAUCCAAUCAAAAGUGAGAAUUUUGCAGUGGCCGAAUGGAUUCGUCGUGAACAAAAAGAACAGUUGGCCCUGAAGGAACAGCUGCAAAGACAGCAGCAAAUGAUUGAGUAUGCAUUUUUAACAUCGUAA